AUGCCUGCGAGCAACGGGAUAAACGGCCAGAACGGCGAUGCUUUCGCCAUCCGAAAUGAAGGUGCUUUCCUCUUCACUUCCGAAUCAGUCGGCGAAGGUCACCCUGAUAAGAUCGCCGAUCAAGUUUCUGAUGCCAUCUUGGAUGCCUGUCUGACCGACGACCCUCUGUCCAAGGUCGCUUGCGAAACUGCCACAAAAACCGGAAUGGUGAUGGUCUUCGGAGAGAUCACGACCAACACCAAGCUGGACUACCAGAAGGUGGUCCGAGACGCCAUCAAGGACAUCGGCUACGACUCUUCCGACAAGGGCUUCGAUUACAAGACUUGCAACCUGCUUGUUGCCAUUGAGCAGCAAUCCCCCGACAUCGCGCAAGGUCUCCACUACGAGCAAGCUCUCGAGCAACUUGGCGCCGGUGACCAAGGUCUUAUGUUCGGCUAUGCCACCGACGAGACCCCCGAGCUGCACCCUCUGAGCCACCUUCUCGCCCACCAGCUGAAUAAGGCCAUGUCCACAGCUCGCCGGGAUGGGACCCUGCCUUGGCUUCGACCUGACACGAAGACGCAAGUCACAAUGGAGUACAAGCACGACGGGGGCGCUGUUGUUCCAUUGAGAGUGCAUACCAUCGUCAUUUCAGCCCAACACAGUGAGGACAUCUCCACCGAGGAUCUCCGAAAGGAACUCCGAGAGAAGAUCGCCAAGAAGGUUAUUCCCGCGAAGUACCUUGAUGAGAACACUGUCUACCACAUUCAGCCCAGUGGCAAGUUUAUUAUCGGUGGACCUCAGGGUGACGCCGGUCUCACUGGCCGAAAGAUCAUCGUUGACACAUACGGUGGCUGGGGUGCCCAUGGUGGAGGUGCUUUCUCCGGAAAGGACUUCUCCAAGGUUGACCGAUCUGCUGCGUACCUGGCACGAUGGAUCGCCAAGUCCCUUGUCCACGCCAAGCUUGCCCGCCGCGUUCUUGUCCAGCUUUCUUAUGCCAUUGGUGUCGCUGAGCCUUGCUCUGUAUACGUCGACAGUUACGGGACAUCCGACAAGACUGCUCAGGAGCUGGUCGACAUUGUGAGAGCCAACUUCGACAUGAGACCCGGUGUCAUUGUUAAGCAGCUCGACUUGGCCAAGCCAAUCUACUUCCAGACGGCCAAGUUUGGUCAUUUCGGAACCAACCAAGACUUCAGCUGGGAAAAGCCCAAGACGCUGAAGUUCUAA